AUGACUGCAGCACAAAGAACGUCCCAGAAGGACGCUCCUCGCGGGACAGCUGCAUUUGGUCACCAUCACAUCAGCGACACUGAGCUCCGCGUUGAUUGCACCAGAGGGCCUUUACCGACACGCCGACAGUCCCUUCCACCGCAGCGGGAUGGACUCCCCCAGGCCGCCAUUAGGGCGAGUCCCAGCGGACACCUGCAAACACCCCGCCCAGGCCCCGGAGUAAGAAAAGCACACGCUGGGGAACACGGCGCUCUUUUCCACAUCUCACAGCACCAAGGUUUUAUGCAGAACGAACGCCAGGCAGCGGGACUGCGCUUUCGCAAAGCGAACGUCACUCCGCAUUUAACACCACACGAGGGCCACCUCUCGGCAGAGGAACGCCUGGCCGCGCAGGCGGAACGCGCGGCGGGACGGCCUCGCCUGAGGGAGCAACGGUCGCGCGCGCGCCUAACGGCCGCAGGUGCUGACGCGCGCGCACCGCGAGGGCCGCGGAGCAGCGGGAGUGGCGCCAGCGACAGAACGGCCUCGGGCCGAGCCGUUAACGCAGGCGCGGUGGCCAAGUGGGGACGGCGGCAGCGCGGAGCCACAGAGACGGGACGAAGGGAACCGCCAGCAGCGCCGCGGCGGCCGGGUCGGAUCGGCCCGGAGUGCUGCGGGUGGUCGGGGCGCUCGGCGGGCGGCGGCAGGGGCGGCUCUCGCAGACGUUCGGCCUCGCGGGUUCCGCAGCACUGUUGCGUAAAGUCAGAGCUGCGCCGCUGCCGUGCGGACAAACGCGCUGCGCGGGGAAAGACGGGCGCGAGGUUUACCGCCAGGAAAACGAUCCGGCCGUACGAACGACUGCCGUUCGUUGCACCGCCGGCUCUCACGAGGGCACAGAGAUGCUCCGCAGCGCUCCGUGCUGCCCUGGGGAAGAGGGACGGAGAACGGGAAACGUUAAUUCGGGGCGGUCUCGGCACGCAGAGCGAGAGGGGUCGCACCCGGACCGCUGUGCGCUGCUGUCUGCUUUCCGGAACGUCUCCGCCCGUGGGCUCGAAGCGCGGGGCGGCCCCGGGGUCCUCAGAUCGAAACCGGAGAAUCCGAGCGGAGGAGCGGCCGGGGCCGGCGCUCGGACUGAGCCGAUUCCCCGCAGAACCGCACGUGUCCGUAACGGGUCUGAUUAAAUUAGUUUGUCAAAUACGAAGCGAAGCCGGAGCCCGGAUUUCUUACUGCAUUUGGAACGGGGGCAGAGGGCGCUUUGCCCGUCGCAGUGACACUGACGGAACGACGAGGAGUUCACGUGGCUGAGGGGAAUUUCGUUACGGGAGUUCAGUUCACCUGCGAGUCACACUAAUUGAAGUCCGUUACCUCUCCACAAAAUCCAGCUGCUGUUUUCUGCAGCAACGUUUGCCGUUCUUGGCUAAAUAACGCUUUGUUAGAAAAGCAUUGAGGUCUUUACAGAACGAGGAGCGCGUAGCGGCACGUUUGUGCUCCGCAAGCAUUAAUUACGCUUCUGCUUCCUACGGAGCGUGCGGCACAGCUCUCUGCUGACCGCCCUGAUGGGAGCAAAGCACGGCUGCGGAGCCCGGAGCGGAGCGGUGCCGCUGUCGCCCCUCGGCGAAUGCCAACACGGGGCGUCCCGUCCGCGCGAGUCGUGCGCGCAGCCACAGCCACGGCAUGAAUGAUUGACGGCAGCGCGGCUUGGCGGGCAGAACCGCCCGGCUGGGAGAGCGGCGCUCCGCGGAGCUGCCGUGCCCGUCCGCCCCAUCUGCCCCCGUACGCGGCCCUUCGUUCGCUGGGUGCGCGGGGCUGACACGCGAAAGUCAAUACGGGCGACGGACGUCCAUAAACACGGGUAGAAAAGAGGGCAGGGGUUACUAAUUAGCUCGCUGCUCCUAUAAAGCUUCUAGACCUUACCGGAGAAAUGUGAGUUACAUGUUUUACCGGUCUUCCUUUCUGAACCGUUAUCUGAUCAAAGCAGCAUGAAAAGCACUUUAUCGCUCACUUGGCUUUUUUCUCCCGUGCCGGGAGCCCUCUGCAGGAAGCGAAGCUGAAUUUCGCAUAUCUGCCCUUCCCGACGUCUCCCGAAUUUCUAGGAAUGCCCCUUCGCUGCUACUAUAUUUGGAGGUAGUUUCUAAGAAAAAAAAAAAAAAGCGGCUUUCAGACGGUCGCGGCCCCAGCGGGGUGCGGGAGGGCGGUGCGGGGCGGCAGCGGCGCGGGGCGGUGCAGCCUUUGUGGCAGAGGUGCGGGAAGGAGCGGAACGGAGCCUUUGUGGCAGCGGGCGGUGCGGCUGCUCCGCUCAUUUCCCGGUGCCGGCUUUUUUUUCUUUUUUUCCCUCGUGCACUUUAUUAUUUUUAAAGGAAAAGGAGCUUAGGGAAAAAAAAAAAGAAGGAAAAAAAAGAAGAAGAAGAAGAAGAAAGAAGGAAAACAAAAAGAAAAGAAACCUCGAUUUCUUUUUCUCUGCUUCCCCCGCUCCCUCUCCCCUCGAUGUGGCCUCUUGUUUGGCUCGUGGCGUGACCGUGAUGAAGAAAUGUUUCUGUGCGCCUGGCAGGGUGCUCCUUUUAUGUCAUGAGUCAGGAUUUGGCCAACGGAAGGAGCCCGCGCAGCGAGGACUGCGGGCCGCUGCUCUCCGGACCGGGAAGCUGCCAGGGGAUCCCCGCUCCGCCCCGGGGCGCCGCCGGGCACCGGCACGCGAGCUCUCCUCAUCCCUUAAAGAAGUUGUGGAGGAACGCAGUGCUGAGGGCUGUGCGAUGCAGAUACCCAGCGGAGCGCUCGACCUGCCGCUGUCAGCAGGGAACGGCCGCGCUCGGGUCGCGUGAAGCCCCUUGUGGAGGGCCGCAGCUGUAACCCAGCAGGAGUCAGGGCAGACACCUCCUGCAACGGUUCUGCUUUAGUCUGCGAUACAGAAGAACAGACACACAAGCUGAUCCUUUGGAAAGAUAAGAAUAGAUACUUUGGAUGCUGGGUCUGGUAAAUCUGCUGCUCUGGGUGGGUUCAAUGUGACUUUAUGGGCGCUUACAGAAGGUGCUGCUUAACUAAACAAACCAAUCCUGACGUGUGAGUAAGACCGCAAGGUAUCUGUUAGCAAUUAAUUCCUGCCGUCCAGAAAAGGCAGUGUGUGUUGUGACUUGGAUACAAGUCUCAUUUAUCAGUUCCCAGGUUAGCUACUUAUAAGUAGUGAUUCUCUCAAUUAAUUGGGUGUAUCUUACAAAGAUACUUGACUUACAAAUUGAAUCUCAGAAGGCUGUGGUUCCAGAGUCGGGGUUUUGGGGGCGAGAUGAGCUUAUGUUUUAUCCAACUGGCCCACAAAGUCCCGCUUUUGGUGGUCACUUUGUUCUGCAAAGGAAACCAAUGCGUUCUGGUCUUACAAUGGACACUAAACUUAGCACUAAGCUACUGCUGCACUCAGUAACGGGCUACUGCACACUUAAAUAUGCAACAAUAUUUCAACUUUAACGUCACCUUCAGCAGUAAAAUGUGGACAGGUAACACUAGCAUCCCCCAAAUUAAACAUGAAAUGGCUUUCUAAGCACUGUUGUAGCUUAUAAAAGGUCUCUGUUUUUUUCUCCAUAAAAACCUAGCAGAAGACAAAGUGAUGUUUCAAAGAGUAGUUGUUUGGCAUAAGUGAACUGGGAGAAAAGAAAAGAUAUUUCUAGCAAAGAGAGACAGCUUAAACCCGCAGAAAAUGGUCCAACCUGAAGGAACAUUUCUGUUGUCCCCUCCACAGUUCCUUUGCUGACAAACUAUGUCAGUUGCACGUCUCUCCCUCUCCAGACAGCCUGUUUCUUCAGUGCGUGCCCAGUGUGUGUGCGUGUGCAUGUGCGUGUGCAUGGUCUGUAUCUUUAAAUCAAUGUGAAGAUGACUAAUUUGUGUACUGAUAAAAGAUGUUAUAGCAUGCUGUGACGAGUAAGUCUGAGCUUGGUAAGGCUAUUCAAGUCUACGCUACUGCUUACAUUUUGAUACCAGCAGCCUAAAGGAUCUAAGCAUAAUUUGUACUUGUAGGUGACUUUUAAAUGAAAUUCUAGUAGGUGUUUAAAGGUUGUUAGUGGAUAAGUUGAGCUUUAUUGUGGCUCCAACUGUAGCACACGUAUAUUGAUGACAGAAUGAAGGACACUAUAAAUUGUACAGUGUGAGAGGCGGCCGAUGUCUGCAGCACACGGGAUUCAGGAGCACGCUCUUGGUCACUGUAAGUGUGCCUGUGGUGGCUGUGGCAUUCGGUAGCAGUUAAUUAUUUGCUGAAGUUACAGACUGACACCUGGAUGCAGCUGUCACACUAAGCUUGCAGGCAGAGGCACUUCCAGCACUGACCUACUCAAACUGCGUCCAUGUGAGCACUUCAGACAAGCGUGGCAAUUCAGCUGAAGUUACGCAGCAGUGCAGGGUUAAAAAAAUAAGGUGUUGGUUUGGGACAUAUCAGGUGAUGAUAUGCAGGAUCUGUAUGUUGAAGCAAAUUGAUACUGUGCUGAAUUACUGAUAUUUUUCCAUGGAAUUCUGCUCUUUCACAUUGUAUAGCUAUAUAAUGGCUACACAUAGGAAAUAGGACAUAGCAAAACCUCCGUGCAACACAUUACUCGCUUGUUCAAGACUGAAAUCUGACUUGGGAGAGCUAAGGUCACCAUUGUGCUACUUGUAUGCUUUUUAGCUCCUGUCCUGCGUGGAGUAAUACUGUUCCAGAGCAGCGUUUUUCAGAAGGUUAAGUUUUCAGGAACUGAUUAAGCUGUUGGUUUAUUUUUAUUUUGGAUUUAUAGUGCUUAGUUUGUGAGUACACUGCAGACGUGUCCAGUGUCACAAGUUGUGAGACUCAGGUUUGUUUGGCUCCUGUGGACUCACUGCCAGUAGUCCAAGAACAGAAGAGCAGAGAAUCAGGUACUGGAAAGCAGGCUGAUUGGAAGGUCUGGCUCUCAAGGAAACCUCUCAAGGAAACAAGAGAUCAGCUCUGCUCUGCUGCUCAUGGACUUUUUCCUCAAGGCUCUUCAAUUGAAGCAUGUCUUUUUGUACUGUUUCAGUGAGGCGUGCUUCACAUUUUGUUAAACAGCUAGAUUUGAUUUUUUUUUCCAGAUAGAUUCUAUCUCGUUCUCUACUGAUGAUAAAGAAAAUGCACAUGUACUCAUUCAAGUGCAAUUAACACAGUUAUAAAGUGUGUAUGACCAUAAGUGGCUACUGAGCACUCUUAAAGAUCAUAGCGAUAGUUCUGUAGGCUUUUCUCACCCAAAAUUGUUCAUCACCUUCUUUCCCAUCACUAAGCCUACAUAAUGAGCCCCUGUUUCUCUCGUGUGCAGUAAAAUGGACAGUUUCUACUGUGAUGGAUAUCACAUGUAGCUGUUAAGCUUUAAAUGUAUAUUUACCUUAUACGUGUUAACCAAAUUAAUCACAAUUAGAAAAAGCCUUGAUUGAUACCCUAAACAUUUAUCCUGCAAAAAUGUGAUCUUUGCUGUGGUGAUCUCCUCAGGGCUUCUGUGCAUGGUGGGGGUGGCCCCAGCACCACUGCUCCUGGAGCGUCCCGCAGUGCCCAGCAUCAGCAAUGGGACAGCCAGGAUCCAUUUGUUUGAAAAGCAAGAAGGAAUUUAGGGAAGAUGAAAAGAAGGCAGUAUAUUCGGAAUCAAAAUUCAUUUUUCUCGAGAUAAAAAGUGUCACAAAGUAUCGAAAAGAUAGUAUUUAGAAAGAUCAACUCCAAUUAUUUAUCACAUUCAUCAUUUAUAAAAUUGAAAGCCCUACUAGUUGUUUUCUAUGUAAAAUAAAUUAAAACUUCAUUUUUAGAAUGACUUUUCAGCAUUUUGAAGCAAAGCUUUAAAAAACAGCUUAUGCACAGUGAAGCAGGAGAGGGUUAUCCGGUGUCUGUCUGCUCACUUUAGAAAUAUGUGGACACAUUACUGGAAGCAGCGAGAUCAGAACCGGGUGGUAUGGCUUGAGGAUUGCUCUGUGGCCUGAGUUCUGAAGCAGGGCCUCAGCAUCUGACAUGCCCUGACCACAAGUUACCACAAGAGUUUUGUGACUGCCCUCCAAUACGGCCAUUGGGAAGGAGAGGGUGGCAGUGACCAGAGUUUGGGAACUCGGGACCUGGCUCCAAGCUGUACCGUAGUACAGGUUGUGAGGUCAGUCAUCCCCCUCUGUGAGGCUGUCUGGAGUUCUUCCAGGGCAGGAAUGCGGGCAGCCGUGGUGUGUUGUGCUGGCUUGCUCUUCCCUCGCAAUUCUAACUGUACGCAUCAGCACUGCUCGCCUGCACAAGGCCUGCUCCACACACCGAAAGAAAAUCUGUUCACAUGCAUCUCACAGAGGUAUCAUCACCUUUUUUUGUCUUGAAAAUUGUAUUUGCUGGUUAUGAAAGAAAAAAAACAGUCACAUUUAAAACAUUUUUUAAAAUAUUAGAGGAAAAACUGCUCUGAUGUGGAAGCUGCACCUGUGGUGGAAGAAGUGGAAUAAAAGCGGUUCUAUUCGACGUAUAAAGCUGCUUCAGAACGUGCAGCUUAAGAGUACAGCAUUCUGGUGAAAUGGAGGACUUUAAGUGAGUUUAAGUCACCGCUUGCCCUGUUCUCAGUGCAAAUAACUAAAUAACUCUUUGCAAGGUAAUAUGCUUUUUUCCUCAAGUGAUGCAAACAUUUGGGGAAUUUGGUAAAUGCACAGGCAUUGAAAAAAGAACAGAGAAUUGACUUUUCUGCCUUUGUCAGAGUGUGCCAGCAGUUCUGCCGUGGGGCCGGGCCGGUCCUGUCGGUGGCUGCUGGGUGCACAUCUUUACUGGUAAUCGUUUUAAUAGAUUCGUGGCCUUUCCUUACAAGCUGACAUAAUGCAGGAGCAAGAGAUCCGUGUCUGAAAGUGACAGUUUUGUAGGCCGGGAGAAAUAAAGAAAGACAAAAUGUGUUCUGUCAUCUACGACAGGACACGUGUACACGCUUUUUGGAAAGGCUGAGAAAAGGCACUGCAGGAUGUUCCGGGAUCGGUAAUAGAAUGCAGUGAUUUUACUGCUGGGAUAUUUCUAUUUGUUAUCUAUAAAUUCUGUUGGAAACAUCAGUCUGUAGAGUCAUCAGAACCUAAGUUUUUACUUUGUUGUUGCUGCUGUCCAUAUAAAAGUUUUCUUUUGCAACAAAAGGCCUCCUUGAAAGCAGGCAAGGCCUGGCAGCUGGCACAUGGGUGCUGCUGGAAGCCACCGGAGCUGCAUCAACACCAAAUUCAGGCAAGAUCACAGUAAUGUUUCUGGAACAUGGGUACAGGAACAAAGACCGAAUGGAUUACAUAGCAUGGCAUAUUAAAUAACAUAUAAGCAAUUGGUUACUGUUUUUUUUUUGUUUGUUUGUUUGUUUGUUUUCCCCAACAAUAUUGUAUUCUAUAUAUUAUGCUCCACAGAUCCAUUGAAGAAUAUGCCCACUAAGUGGUAGUUAGUGUGUAGUAGUGGUAGUAGUUAAUUACUUUAAAAGAGACUUUUCAUUAGGCUUGUUGAUUUGAAUAGGCAUAACAGUUCCAGUGUGCUGCUUUGCUAUGGAGAUUUGUAAAUAUGCAAUAUGCAGUCUUAACCAAAGGGGGAUUCCUCUAUUUGUUUGUACUCUGAGCAGACUUUCUCUAUGUAUGGGAAAUUGCUCACAUGACUACACAUAAAAUAUAUUGAAAUGCUGUAAAACAAAACGUAACAGUUGUAUGACUUUAUUAUGUACUCCCUUUUCCUACAAACCUAACUUUGCACCGUCACUUGAAGCAAAUCCUUAGAAAACAGAGAUGCAGGUCAACUAUUCCUGUUGAUCAUUCUGCUUUGUUUUGAAAUCCUGGAUAGGUGAAAGAACAAAAAUUGCCCUACAAUUCUGUGUAGUUCCUCCUCCUAGCUUUCCAGUACUAACAGUGUUUUCAAGGGAACUUUGUCAGAAUUCACUUUGGUGGAUGGACAGAACCGAUUAAUGCAGCCCAGGUGUGUGAGCUAGCGAUUGUUUGGAAAACUACUGUUUUCCUAUGGACUGGGCUCAGGAAAUGCUGAAAUCCUGAAGUAUUGUUGGAAAAGUGUUUUAACAAAAAAAAAAAAUUGCUUUAUAGUUUCAUUCUCAAUGUUCCACAGAAUUCACCACUUCCUGCAUGGCUCUUUACCGCAGGGAAAAUGAGGGACUUUUGGGGGCAGAUGUGUUUCCAUUACACUAUCAUAAUGCCCCUAAAAAUCCUUAUUGCUCUUGCAGUAUUCUUCUGUGUUGCUGGGCCUGGUGUGAGCUACUUGAAGACCUAGCUUCUAAGUACAGCUUCUCUCUAAAAACACUUUCAAAGAGCAACUGAUUUUCUUUUAUUUACCUUAUUUUUGGUUGCGUUUAAUGUUGCUUAAAAUGUAAUUGCAAGAUAUGCCACCACCUGUUGAUAAACGAAUGUCAUUAAGUCAUAAAUGGGAGGGACAUGCUGAUAACUGCACGGUACCUAGCAAAAGGAACAUAUUUUGGCAUAAGGGUGAGUUGCACUCUGCUGGUGCAAUGAGCGUGUUUUUAACUUAAGAAUUCAGUAUGUGUGUCUAAAAAUGUGACACAGAUUUUUCACAGAUUUGAAUGACUUUGUUAUAGUGGACCUCACUCAGAAUGUUAACUGCUUUUAGGACCAUACUUCAGGCUUUUAAUCAAAUUAAAAGAUCUGCCCAGUAUUUUUAGUUAGAUUAAAGGCAUGCACACUCCAAUAUUCAAAUCACAUCCCCACACAGUCCCCAAAUAAAGAAAUUGAAGAUGAAACCUAGAAGAGACACUGUGAGUGCUCAGCGACAGUGUACUUUUUGCUCAGGAGGUGUUUGUGUGGGCAGGAGGAAGGGAUGCUGCUGGCCCUGCUGGGCGAUGCUGAGUCCACACUCCUCCUCAGGCACAGUUUAUUCCUGGUAGGCAGCAGAGUACUCAAAUUCUGCAAUUUUCCACAGUUUUCUUGAUGGAAAGGCAGAACACAUAAAUGUAAAUACCGUGUUUUUGUCUGGGCAUUGCAGCACAGUAUAUCAUCACUUCACAUGUGCAGUGCUAGUAGCAUUUAUUUCAGUAGCCACAUGUAGGGCUGGGUUGUGUAAAACGUAUUCUUGACUUCACUAACUAGCUUAGAAGAAAUAAUGAAUAUACUGCAUCACUUUGUCCCUUUGUCAGUGCCAAAUAUCUUCAAAGAGCCUUUAGAAUACUUGGUAACGUAGGAAAGAAACUAGAUUCACACACCUCUCCCCCAUUUUAUACUGUUCUAACCCCAAGGAAUUUUUCUUCUUCGUUUUCCUGAAGAAGUGUUUCUCAUUUUUUCAGCGGGAAAAUCUUACAGGUUAAGUCAUAUCCUGUAGGUCACAAGGGGAGCUAGCUGUUAUGACCAGAACCCCAAACCCUUGAUGCCCAGGUAGAUGCUGCAAUAAGAAAACCACUGUCUUGAAGGACUGAAUGAGCUGUGUUGCACAGUAUUGUGCUCACAGGUCAAAACAUGCUUACAUAUCCAUUCCAACGUGGAAAAGCAUUUCAGUAGCGUGUCCAGGCAGAAAGCAGUAGAAAAGCUAGACAUUGCAUUAAUUCUAAAUGUUCCUAUCACUACCUCUGUGUUUCUAUUUGGCUUGUUGAUUACAAAGUGAUUCCUGGCACCUUCUAACGUGAGUGAAAGGUGCUGGCUUGAGGCUUAUGCAGCUCUGAAAAUGACCAAAAGCACUUACAAAGUAUUAGAUAACUAAAUUAUUAAUAUUAUGAAUAAAGGUGUUUGUUCAGUAAACUUUUAAUUUCCAAGUAAUGCUCCAAAAGACUCUGUGGCUGAUGUGUUAAAAACGUGUGAGACUGCACAGAUUCUGUCAUGUUCUGCAGUAUUAAAGAUCUGCAGAGGGAUUACUCCCAGAGCUACAAUUUUUAUCACCUUUAUAUAAAACAGACUUAAUGGGAAAAGACUGGGAUUCUAAUUAUUUUUUAAGAGUCUUCUGGGGAACUGUGCUUGUGACAAUACUAUAUAAAGAGCAGUGCAAUAGUUUUGAGCAUUAAAGCUGAUCUGAUUUUACAUUUGUUCUAUGUUAUUUUCUCAUGUGACACAUAAACUUUUAAGAAUAUCAGAAAAAAUGUGUUUUUUAACAGAAGCCAUUUUUCAUACAACUGUCUGGAGAUGCAGCCUGUAGAUUUCAACAGCUGAUUCUUACAUACACACAUACUUAGAGUCAGAGUCUUUAGACUGUAGCAAAAUUAGGAUUUUCCCUGAAAUGUGCAUAUGUAAAAUGUGUUUAUCACAUUACAUCACUGUCAAGAAAAAUAUUUCUUCAGAGCUAGCAGUCCUGAGAAUAAAUUUAAGGAGGGGAAUCAAGAUACAGUGCAGUGCACUGCUGCACCUGCAUCGCAGAAGAGCUGCUCAGGAGAGCUAAGGUAUGUCAUGUAGGCACUUCCACAUCCCAGGGAGGUGCCAAGGGCCUUCGGUGGGAUGAGGCAAGGUGAGCUACUGCAUGCACUUUGCUAGGCACAGUGAGGAGUUGCAGCCAGCAGCUCCCUGCAGAACACUGAUUCCUGUCAUUUGGGGCAGCGGCUCAGGGCAAGUCCGCUCUGGCUUUAACCACAAUAUCUUCCCAUACCAGCUUUAUCCCUAUCUCCUCCUUUGCUGAUUAUCCUGUUAAUAAACAGAAACUUCCAAGAAUUAAAAAAAAAAAAAAAAAAAAAACCAUAAGGUUGCUGUUUCAAGGCACUCCUGCCAGAAAGAAGACAGCCACAGCUGCAAUUUACUGAUAACGUACCUUGUGCUAACAUCCCACUAUGGCAUGCAUGCGUGAAAAAGCUACACCAAUUAGUGAAUUCAAGUCUCUUGAUUUUCUCCAAAAGCAGGACACUCAGUACAGUGUCCUGAAACACAGAUGCUCAUACAGUGCAGGGGGGAAUGAAUGCCUGCCCUUGCUGGGGCUGUGCAAUGCUUUGGCACUGCAGCAAGUGCUCUGUGAACGUGGUGGGGGCUGGAGGGCACCAGUCCAGUGUUACCGUUGUUUGGUGGGUCUGGUUAUGUUGAUUUUUUAUCAGAAGUGACCUGCAAGCAGGCAAGAAAUGGAGAGCUGCUGCACUGUGUUUCUGCUUGCCUAUAUCCCUAAGAAAACGUCCCUGGUCAGUGUUAAUUCUGCACCAUAUGUAACAAUACCUGUAACAGCAAGUUUAUCUUAUCUUAAAAGUUAACUUUUCAAGUGCAGCGUAAUAGUGGAUAGCAUUAUCAUUUAUAUGUAUCCCAAGGACAUAUUCUCACUUCUUUUUAUCAAUAUCACAGCAAAGAGGAAAGAGUACUUUCCUGUUUCACCUAUGAAACACUGAACAACACUUCUGUUUUUCACACCAGCACAUCUAAAUGCAAUAGGGGAUUGGGACUUUGUUUUGUCAUUCUGCAGAAUGCUGACGUAUGUGUUUGGCAUUCAGGUGUUAGAAAAACUGGAAAGAACAAAGGAUAAUUUGCAUGUCUUUUGGAUUUUUUUUUUCUUCAAGCUGUAGCUAUUCAUUAGCAAUCUUUAGCAUUGGAGUUUAGAAAAUGUUGUGCUUACUCAUAUAAAAAAAGACAUAGGAAUGAAAAACAGAACAGCACAAACUGGAGUCCUGUUAGGCUGCAGGCCACUGCCAGGGUCUUUCUGCAGGAGCUUUCUGUUCUGCUGAUUGCUUUGAGUGGGGCAAAAAGAUAAACAUUUUCUUGUGGCAAAUGCUGCCACACGUGACAAGUUGAUAUGCAGUAUCAAAAGUUGUACCAGGGGCUUAUUAGUUCACUCGAAUAAGACGGAAAUGCGAGGAAAAGUUUUGUGCAGCUGAAAAAUGAAAAAUAAUUCGUCAGUGCCCAAAUUGAUCUGCUGAAAAAAGACAUUUUUUGGCCUCAGUAACCAGAGCUUUCACUGCUAUGGACACUUUAUCUGUUGUCCUCAAUGAAUCAGCCUCCUUUGUACACACUACACCACUAUGGCUGUGGUAUGUGUUUUCGGCUGGUGCAGAUAGAGGAAUAUAAAUUCUAUACUGAUACGCAUAAGCAACUAUGCUACGCACAGGAUACAGUAAGCAGAAUUUGACUAGUCACUUCAUUAGAUGAAAAAUAAGCAUUUUCUGCUGUUUGUGCAGUGUCCACUUUGCGGACACUGGGGCCAUGUUUCCAUGUUUUUGCCUUUUCUAUUGAAAAUUAGGUACCGUAUUUGGAUAUGGCACAGAAGAGGUGCGUUCUGCUGCACACCUCUGUCCCGUGCUCCCUAAGUCCUUUCCUGACUGUUUUUGUUACACGGGUAUACACACCUUGAAACAGACUGUGUUUGUAUUGACAUUGUCACUAACUCUGUAUUUGAACUAAAAUUAGCAAAAAAUAUGUGAUUAGAGAUCCUGCCAUAUAUAUAUAUACAUAUAUUCCCUUACAUUCUCAUAAUGGUACACAGCAUGAUAGAACAAGGAGAAACAAAGAGAGAAUGCACAGAGAUUCAUUUUGCGCUGGGCUGUUGGCAGAAAUCUGAGGUGAGCACAUUAAUUACAAAUAAUAAAAGCACAACGAAAAAGGGUCUCUUCCUGCAUUGCAGGAGAACUUUUAUCCUUCAUACUAAUGGCAUUUUUGUGUAUUUCACUGAACAGCUAUUUUACAAAACUGUUCCUUUUUUUUUCAUUACAAAAGUAAGGAAAUACUAUUUUUGCAAUCCAUUUCCCCAUCAAGACAGGCUUUUAAGCACCACUGGCACUUAUGGUAUGCCAACUUUUAUGGCUCUAGAGAAAUAACAAUCCGAUGGAGAAAAGUGUGACACAUUUUGCCUGGAGAAUGUUGUUACACUGACAAAGAAAUAUGAAGAACUUAUUGUAAUAUCCUGUCUCACAAUAUGGGGUAGAAGCAAAAAGAAAUCCAGGACAGAUAGAUGAAAUACAUACUUCUGCAAGAUGAUCAGUAACCAGAGGUCUAAUAUUCUUAAUUAUUUGCAAGACUUCAAUGAGGCCCAGAUGCCUGAAGAAGGACAAGAAUAAGGAUUAGGAAUCUCUUCAGGAUUUGAUGGUUGCUUGGCACUGUGGAAUGUAGAUACCUUUGCCCAUUUGUAUGAGAACUGUGCCCUUUGCCUUGGUUUCCCACUGAGAGCUCCCAAGUCUUCCAGGACUUCCUUCCUCCUGUAUUUGCACACAUACAGGAGAUGCACGUGCGGGACAUAUAUCAUAAGGAAUAAAAAGGUGUUACUCUUCCAGCAACUGUCCAUUUCUGAGAGAGUGUCAUAUGUGUAUGGAUAUUUGGUGAAAAUAAACACACUCCUGUCUGUCUUGAAGGAGAUACAGCAAAGGCUUUUUUUCCCCAUUCUCACUAUUCUCAAACACAGCUAUAAGACAGAAAUUGUCCGUGUGCAGGUGCUUGGCUUCUUUGAAAACAUAUACAGUUUUCUUGAUGGCUUAAUUAUUCACCAUAUUAAUAUUGGUGUACUAGAGGUAUCUCUCACUUCUUUUUCAUAUAGUUGUAAUGAGAAGAAAUUAGCAGCCCUGGCUGCCUAGAAAGGUAGCAAUGUUUGUAAAAACAACGGAAGAACGGCAGCACUGCAGGGCACGGAGUGCCAUACACUGUUUCUGCUUUCUUACGACAACAAUCUUGUAAUUUCAGCUUUGUGUUGCAGAAACUGUGGCUGUCCUGGCAGCAUCCCAUCCUUCUUUCACCAAGGGGGGCAAAAGGAGUGUCCAGGAUGCAUCUCUAAAGGUCUGCUUCCACUUCUCACCAAGGCAUGGUGCACUGCUGAAACUGAAGGAAAAUUUUUAAAGAUUUAGCCUGUAAUUUCUGAAACUGUUUAAAGUAACGUUGUAUGGAAACUGACUUUCUUAAUGCAAUUUGUCUACUUUUUCUCCAAACAUCACAGAAGAGAAUUAAAAUUUAAAUGCACUGAUAUGUUUUACAGAAGAUCAAACAUUACUGUUAUUUGAGUAGUUUCUAGGAGCAGUGAUGGAAACUGCUUUAUGUACUGCAAUGAUUUAUACUUUUUUGUUGUACAAUUUGUUUAAUUCCCACUGCAACUCAACAGGAUUACAAAGGCAUGUAUGAAUAAACAUGAAUUUGAGAUGUUGCAACUGAGUCCAGGAACAUAACGAUGGUAAUUUUUCCCUGAAGAAAUCAGAUCAGAAGCUUUAAAUGUACAUUUUCCUCAACAGAACAGUUGGAUGUUAUCAAAAUUACUACUGUGCCUACAUGUGUCCCUUGCAGCAUCAUUCCCUCAUCACUGAUUUGCCAGCACAGCACUACCCAGAAAGGAGUUUGCUGUUACCUGCCUAUGCAGUCCCCACAAAAGCUGCUGCUGAAAAUUCUCUCCGUACCUAUCAGAUGUUUCUGCACUGUGAAUGCUAAGGAAAUGCUAAGUAAUUUGACUGCACGAUUUUUAAAGAAACCAACAGAAAAAUCAGAUUUACACAAUGAUUACAGUUCUGCUUGCUAAUAUUGAUCCUCCCUUUAAGGGAAAUUAAUGCAAAACAAGACUGGAGUUAUAAUGCACCAAUAAUGUUUUGCUUGUCUCAAAAAGUAAUGAUAGCUAGUGCUUUUGUAUCUUCUAUUUCCUUAUGAUCUAUUAAAUAUAAGUAGUUAAAACCCUAAAAUAAGAAUAAAGAGAGAUGACAGAGGUGGCAAGGCACCUAGAUGUGGAUCUAAAUAUAACCAAGGUUGUUUAUAUCAGUGAGCUCUGCCAAAGGAUAUGCGUUUAUGCAACUUUCUUGGUCGGGGAGUCAGUUUGCAAUGCUCCCAUGUGUUGUAUCCUUUAUUGCUCAUAUUUCAAAGGUAAUUUUUGCAAGAUUCUAAACAAAUAAAUAAAAAGCUAAAUUAUUAUCUCAGUUGUAGAAAUGGAGAAACUAUAAUAUUGAAGUUGACUGACUCUGUCAAGUAAAUGUUUAUUAUUAGAAAUAGGAUUCGAUUUCAUGUCAUCACUCCAAAUCUCACACUUCUUGCACUGGUGACCUACCAUAAAGAAAUACACGUUAAUGCAAUCAUUUUGAAGAGAUCGAUACCCAGGGAGGAGCUGUUUCCUGAAUUACCAGGUGAACGACUAAACAUUUCCUAAGGAUCACCCAAGACACUGAAGACAAAAUAUCUAUCGUUUUUUGUUACAGUUCAUAUUUCUGCUGCUUCUCAGACACGCUGUGAUUCAUCUCUGAGGAACACUUCACAUACUGUAGUUUAUUUUUCUAUCACGACACUCACAAUUUGCCAAAACUGCCAUUUCCCUUAUGCUGUUUGAGCAUUGCUAGCUCUGCAAUCAAAUGUAUACUGUCUGUUUCCAUCCCUGCUCUCUGUCUCAAUUAUUAUUUUUGUGAAGAUAAGAAAAUCCCAUUUUUACCAGUGGAGAGCCAGGCUGCUUAGGUCACAAGAUUCUCUUGGCUUAAUCCUUGAGUAUGAAUCACGAACUUUCCCUAAGAAGUACUGGCAUUCUUCAGAUGAUCAAGCCAGCUUACUAAGGCUUCCAGAGCUUUCCGCAUUAGCGAUCACCAUGUUUAAAGUAUCAAAAGCAGUAGCUGAUUAAGAAUUAAACUGUUUAUUCUUACUUUUCCCAUUUCCUCUGUUUCUAACUCUUAUGUGGCUUGGUACUGUAAACAGCUGUAAUGCAACUCAGUUAAAAGAAGUAAUAUGAAAAUAUGAAAGCUAUGAUGAAAGAGAUAUAUCAGACAAAAAUAUUUGUGUGAAAUACAAGAAACAGAGUUACAUUUUCUGCAGUACAUGGCUCAAAAAUAAUCUGCAUAUGUACACAUGGCUCCAGUUAACAAAAAGCAUUUUUCUCACAUUUAAUAUCAGAAAUGUUGGAGGUAGCCAAACAUCUAUUCUGCAGAUGAUUUACAACCCUUGCAGAAAAAAAAAAAACUGCACUAUUGAGACAUCAUAGUAAAUGUCAUAUAAUUCAAUAAGCGUUAUGUGAAGAAAUAGAUAAAAUGAAGAUACACCCAAAAAAUAUUUCUUGAGAUAUGAAGGUGGAAACAGAAUAUUCAUUCCAGAUGCAGAACACAGAAAAUUGCUGAGAUAGGACUGGACUCUAGUAAGCAUGUAGCCCUGGAAACAUGAGGGUCCUGGGCAAUUCAGGACAGGUGUUACAUUCCUGCACCACAUUCAAGUAUGAGAUCUGACAAAAGUAGACUGUUCACUUUGGCUACCAAUGAGAUUUUUCUAACUUUUACCAGGAAUAGUACUUCUUCAUAAAUGUGGAGUAAACUAUUUGAACAACAAUUCUUUCUUGUAUUAUUUCCAGAUUUGGUGAAAAACAUUAUAACAACUAAUGAAUACAUUAUACAGUCAUGCAAACUUCAAACUGAGUUUUUGUGCUAUUGCUGUGACAAGCAUUAAGAAAAGUUUAGUUUUCCAGAAGCCAUACUAGCCAGCUGUUAACUCUUGUCCUUUUCCUCAAUGACUCUGACUAUUUUUUGCCUUGUUCUUAGGGAAGUGCAUGGAUGUGGAAAAUGCCUGUUUAACAAUUCAGAUUAAAAAAGCAACCAAAUGCUAACACUUUGCGUUCACAAGACACAGCAGAAUGUCUUAGCCUAAUAAGCAUUGCCCUUAAGUUCGAUUUGCCAACUUCAAAAUAUGAAUUUAAGUAUUUCAUUUCAGCAGGAGGGCAAAAUUAAAUUCUAAGGCAAAAUGCUUAUGCACAGAAUAUAAGUUCAGCAGUGGUGAUAAUGGAAGUUAAACAUUUAAAACUUACCUCUUUAAAUUGUUUCCUUUCCACCUAUGCUGUUGAUGAUUUUCAUUUAGCUACCUUUUUCAUUAUUGGAUAAUGUAUACCUAUAACUAGAAUUCUUACCAAAUCUGCCUCCUUACAAAUUCAAAGAGCAACACAGUUAAUUCUCUGCUCAGGACAAAGAACGCAGCAUGUUAUUUUUAUGUAUCAUUAGGAAAAAAAUGAUAGAGGAAAUGAACCAGGGGAACAGAAAAACAAAAUAAGAAGUGAAAUCCAAGUUUCUAAUGCAGAGAUGGAAUGCCAAUAAACUGUUCCAAAGAAACUGUUUAGCUGCAAGCUUUUCAACCUGUUGCCAAGAAAACACUGCUGUGUUCACUGAUCCUAUCAUUAAACCAGGUAUGUUCUGAAACAACUCUUUCUGAAUGGUGCCAUCUUCUGUGAAGUGGGAGGGAGCUUUGCUCCUAUAGAGCACUACUAGAAAGAUAGUUCUGCUCAAAAAAGCAGGUAUGGGGCAAGCUUGGUUAACUCAUGUACACACAUUCUUUAGAGAAAAAUAAAUUAACAGUUGAAAAGAAAAACCUUGUUGCCUACAGACUGUUGGCAGGAAGCACAGGACUAUAAUUUCCAUCUCCGAAAAUACCAAUUUCCAGGGCAAAAUGUCUUAAUGGCUGUUUUUUAAUACCCUAUAAUAUCAGGUUUGUACUCUCGCCGACUUGUUGUUUUCUUUACAAAAAUAAAAGACUAGUGUUUUGUAAUAUUUUUGUGCUAGGUUUUUAAAUAAUUAUCAUUACAGUUAUCCAUGCUACUCAAGAUAUUUGCCUGAGUAUAUAUAUCAGUAAAAGGGCAGAUCACACCAACAAACUUCUUCCACAUCACACCUUGUUCAGCUCUCCACAACAGUGCUCUCCUAUCUUCUAGUAAGGCUUUAUUUUACUUUCUUUUCUGCCAAACUUUUACAUUUCAUGUCUGUAGCAGAAAUGCUAAGUCACGGCCCAAGCCAGUGAUGGAACACCUGGUGGGAAGGCAGGGCCAGCCCAACGAGCUCAGGUGCAUGCAAUGCAAUGCACUGAGUGACCGGAAGGGUUGAGCCAGGAUCCACACUUCCCAGCCCUCUCAUUGGAGAUCCCUGCAUGCCUGAGGCCUUCCAAAGGUAAGAGGUUUUUCUUCCUUUGUUUCUGUGUCCAUUGCUGCAGCCCAGGAUUGUGCUACCCUGCUACUAUUGCUGUACUUUCUAUCAUGUUAUAGCAUUACAGUGGGUAAAAGAAGUACUGGCUUUACUUCAUCAAAUCCCAGUUUUGUGCUGUGGCUGGCUGUGCUAAAUAUGCAGUGGUCUGCUCAGCUGUGAGGUCUUACAGUCCUUAUUAUACCACAAAAGGUCUGGAUCAGUUCAUAAAACUACAGGAGAGCCCUUGUUUCCAGGAUAGUUACUAAUUUUCAGCAAAGGAAAUUUGGAAUCCCAAUAGGUGACACUGAAGUUUACAUUUUACUCUCAAUAGCUCCCUUACUUGUUUUCUAUGCAUCCUAAAUAGCUUCCUAUCAAACCAUUCAAAGUGAAGACAUCACUGUAAAGACUGAACAACUGCUGUAAACUCUGUUCAGCUCAUCCUUAGAUUCAGAGCUCACCAAAUCAAUGCUGACCAACUUCCCAAUGAUGCCUUCCCUUUUCUGUAGCGAUCUCUGUAGUAGUGCAGUCUUGUUAACACUGGGAAUUUCAGAUUCAUUGCAGUACCUCUGGGACAGAGAGGGGCUUGAGGGGAAUUAAAGCUGUUGCAUUUCUUUUGAAGUUAAGAGGAGAAACUUUUUGUACCAAAAGUAUUCUGUAACUGUCAAUAGCAUCUACAGCAAAGAGCAUGACUUUCAGCCAUCGAGUGACUCCAAGCUAGAAAGAGAGCUCAGGCUCACUCUGUUUGUAGACUAAAUUCUGAAAAGUUAUUCACUCUGAACAAAACUUUCUGAUGAGAGUAUGAGACUUUAAGAUGAUUACACCCCAAAUUUAUGUGCCAGUAUCUAAAGUUAUGGGAGACACUGUGUAGUCUGUGAAUCAGUUAAAUAGACUGCAUGAGUUAGAAGAGUGAGGAAAUGUUAUUCAACUCCUCAUAAAGAUUUUUUUUAGUCUUCUCACAUUAAAAAGUCUUGGAAUUGAAUAAUCCAGAAGAGUAUCUCUGUUCCUCUUGGAUCCUUUCCCACAUACAGCAACAGCAAAAUGUGUAGGCUUGACUGCUGAUGAGACACUCUGGAGUGAGUAUCUGAACAUACCUGGCACAGAUGCUCCACUUUGGUUUUCUUCUGUUUAGGCUUGUUUAGCUAACAAAUAUCAGAUUGGAGUCAUUCAACAGACAGAAAACUCUGCUGCUAACUUAACUACAAAACAAAUUUGGAAGCUGGGCCAAUCCACUCUUGCUUUCCUGGCUUGAUACCCAUCUGCUAUCUAUUGCUGGUGCACAAGCGACUACCAUCAGUGAAUAUGUCCAGGUGGCAAAUUAAUGAUCAUCACUGCUCUUCCUGACACCAACUGAUUAAUUCUCAUACUUCUGAGCCAAGCUUUGGUUUCUUGACAGUUUGUUUAGCAGAGAAUGAGCAGUUCUCUGUUGGUACCGAUUCAUUCCUGAUCACCUGUUAUUUCUCAAGCUGUCAGUUUGGACUCCAAAUGCAACUCUUUGGAUUUUCACUACUGAGUAGUUUCACUUGCUACAGACUAAAGAGCAAAUAAAUUAUCCAUGGUUUUGUUUCAUUCCCUAAUCAACCACCUUCUUGUAACCCAUUCUGACCUUUGUUAGUAUAAAACAUUAAUGGGAAAACUCCCAAUGAGUAAUGUUGUGAAACUGUACUUUGUGACCAGAUGGUUCCUUGAGAUGAUGCUUCUGUAAAUCUCUCUGAGGGUGAUGUCCCUUAGGUGCUCCCCAAGAUCUCCACCCAGUCCUUCCCGCCUUCUGCUUAUGUGCUUUAAGUUUUGUUUGUCUGCAAGUUUUUGCUGUAUUCUUUUUCAGGUGGAUGAGUUCUGCACUUCAGCUCCCUGCUAGCCCAUGGGCAGCUAUGCCAGCUCUGCACAGCAAAAGGAGAGGCAUGAGAGUUGAGCUGAAUAGCAAGAGUGGAAAGCAGAGACUCUUGAAGCUCAUUUGACCACCACAGUUGCUGUAUGCAUCCUCAAGACCUGAAUUCAGUAAAGUACACAAAUAUCCCACAGCAAGAGAUAGAAACCAUAUUGUGUAAAAGCAUUGUAGUGGAAAUGCUAAGUCACAGCUGGAAGCAGUGAUGGAGCACCUGGUGGGAAGGCAGGGCCAGGCCAGGGCAGCUCAGGUGCAUGCAGUGCAAUGCACUGAGCGACCAGAUGGGUUGGGCCACGAUCCCCCCUUUCCCAGCUCUCAUUUAAGGGCUGGCAGUGGAGGCAAGGGGAUCUCCCUGGAGAUCUCUGUGUACCUGAGGCCUUCCAAAGGUAAGCAGUUUUAAUUUCUUUGUUUCUGUAUCUGCUGCUGCAGCAUUUGGGCUUGUUCUCGUUUGCUGCGGCCUAGGAUUGUGCCACUCCACUAUUAUUGCUGUACUUUCCAUUGCAUUACAGUAUUACAAGCAGGUAAUUUUUCAAGAAUGUUUUUCACAGCAGAUUUUAUUUUCAGGUGUGUUGGAAACAAGGUCUGGUGUUGUGGUGCCUGUUUAAAAUUAUAUCAACUGUUCUGAAAGGCUAAAAGGAAUGGGUAAACAAACAGUAGUAAAGAUGCUUGAAAGGUCACAGGAAAACUCCAACUGUUGCUUAUUCCUAACAGCAUGCCGUUGCAUAGUCUAUCUCCAGACCACUACAACUUUCAGAUCCUUUUCUGUAUAAACCUUGGCUUUUUUCUGCAAUUCUGCAAAUUUGCAUCAAAUGGUUUAUUAUUUAUAUUUCAACAUUAAUGUUUGUUUUUUCCUUUCUAAAUCAUACCAUCUUUUUUCACACUAAUUAAUGAAUUUGUAAAGCAUAGAGAAACUCCACCUGGAAAGAUCUGUAAGAUUUUUUAUUUUUUUUUUAAUUGACACAGUAGAUGCACUUGUGAAGAAUGUGCUUCUUAACAAGGAAUUCUGAGUUUCUAGUAACAGCUGUCCUCUGAAGGUUGGGGCUGAAAAGUGAGUUUUGGAGAGCCUAUGCAAUCAACAUGGUAGAUUUCGUACAUCAAGUUUACAAUUUGGGUUCUGAUGGCUGAAAAGAAAAUAAAAUACCCAGAGAGAACCGGAGCAGGGAAAGGCUCUGCUUUCUCAGACAACACAAAAAGGAACGCAGACAAGGACCAGGCAGGCUGAAUGUGAAUUGCCUAUAUACUGAGAAUGGGAGGGUGGGAGAUGAAUACACCUGCUACACGUGCUGCAGUGGUAAACAGUCUUCAGCCUGUGCCAUGUGGUAUGCACACAGUCUUGUUAGCAGUCCUUCAAGACAGAAAUCCGUGUUGUUGACUUAUGCUACUGUGUUGGACAGAGAACUGAAACGGCCAAGACAGGUGCUUGUUCUGUUUUGCAGAUAAAUAGGAAGAAAAGUAAGGGUUGUAAUGUCCAACCAACAUGGCAAUAUUUUCCAUGUUGCCCUCAGCAGAGUAUUAAUUUAUUAUAUGACAGUGAGCAUAAAUACUAAUAUUAUGUAGUACUUAACUCCUGGAAGUCUUCUGAACCUGAAUGUUUAAUUGCCUCUUAAGCUGUUUAGACAACAGACUGAUUUGCUUCAGAGCAUGGUGAACUACAGGGCCCAAACCAGCUUGUGAAGUAGAUUAUUUUCCUGAAAAUCACAAGCGCCUGGGAAUCCACAUGCUGAAUUCAUAAAGGUGUAAAACUCUCCCUGCUGCUCUGAGAUCCAGAUAGAAAAAAAGAGUCUAAAUUAUUUUUCUAAUAUGCAAGCAGUAGAUUGCUGAAAAAGACAACAAGAGCAUUCAGUGCUUCACAAUGGCUCCAGGCUUUGGAUUACUGGCAGUAAGCAUCAGCUCCGGUUUCGCGAGCAGUAAGUCAGUAUUUCUCAGUAAGCAUUCCUGAUUAAAAACCAUGUCUUUUUUUUUUACUGUAUUUUUACUUUUUUGACCUUUCCUGUCUGUGACAACAUAUUUGUACUUGGUGAGUGUUCCAAGGAUGAUGGCUUUAUUUCUUUCUCUCAAUUCUUGUGUGACUAGGAGAAAUUCUUUAGGAAUGAAUAGAAGCUUUUGGGCCUAUAAAACUUGUCCUUUUUUGGUUCUGACCUUCUCACAUGAUGUCAUGCAGUUUUCUUUUCUGAAUGAUUUCAACGUGUUUGCCUCAACAAGUCUAUUUUAUUAUUAUGCUUCUCAUCUUUCUAAAAAGAAAAUUUCUCUCAUUUUAAAGAAUACUGUUGUUUCUCCACACCCCCUCUCAUUUUGGUUCUUCGUUGUAUCUGGGAGAUGCAUUGUCAAGAAUAUAUGAGGUGAUACACAUAACCUAUUCUGUUUUUUAAAAAAAAAAAAAAAAGUUCUGUGUCUCCUGCUACAAUUUCUGUAUUCAUUGCUCUGGCAAUAUGAAGCUAUGGCAGAUAAUCAGCAGACCUUGGGCACAAUUUUAGUUUUAUAGUGAAAACAACAGAUUGAAAAACUCUCUCCCUAUCCAUUACAAUAUGAUUAUUGAUUAUAGUCAUGCUUUCAUACAACUGUAUUAGUGGGAAUUUAAAAAAUUGAUUUCUCAAGAGAAAUUUCUAAAAAGCAAAGUCUCGAAACUAGGGGAAUUCUGAAAGAAAUAAAACUUCAUCUGAAAGAACUUUUUUGCUAAGAAAAGUAACAGACAAUUCCUUCUUAUCUGGCUUCAGAAAUGAAAGGGAUAAACUCCACAUUGCUGAAAUUAAAUUUUGGAUUGCUAAAAUGGAAUUUAGCAAUCUGGAGUUUGGAAUGGCAAUUUGAGUUAGCAAACCUGAAUUCAAUAAGGAGAUCAUUCAUGGCACUGACUACCUUUCCUGCCCAGUUUUCUUGGUGAAACAAAUUUGUUGAUCUAAUUGUUAGCUUUCUGGAGCUAAAAUAACUACAAAGUAUUUUCUGAAAAGCUUCAGGACAAGCACACUCCGCUUCUGUAAUGGCACUUCUUCUUUACUGGUAUUUUGUCCCACGGGAAUACAUGGAACUGAAAUAGCUGUUGUGUGCACAUUCUGCUGCUUUAGGGCUGGUGCAGCCAGAAACAAGCUCAGCAAGGUGCCCAGAAUCCCUGUCAGCCGCAGUUCUGUGCUAUGGGGCAGACGGAUCCUUUCCAAGCAAACACUGCCUGUACAGAGGAUGGUUAUUUUUGAAGAAAACAUAUCCAUAGAUGACUUAGUGACUUACUGUAGGUAACUACAGAACUCUGGAGAAGAGCCAGAUGAGGGAGAAGAUGAUUCUAGAAAUCCCUUCCUAAUAUCUGCAGUGGACUUCGUAAUGUUAAUUUAAUCAUGUGUCAUUUACAUAAGUUCAAAUCCUUACAAAUAUUCAGUUGGUAAGGCCUUGAAGAUAAUUUGGUAUAUACCUACUUUAUUGUAACUCACAGGAGGUUGUUUGAAUGUAAAGCUGUUAUGUAGAAAGUUAAUUCAGAAUUUUAGCAGUUUGGGAGAUGUGCAGAGUCCUAUUGACAGAUCAAGGUCCUUAAACCAACAUAAACAUGAGAAACUAGCAAGUUUCGUAACUCUCUUAAUAGCAGGUGGAAAGGCUCAGUAUCUGCAAAUUCUUUACGGCCAUUAACAGCUACUUAUAUCAAAGAAGGUCAACUUUUUCCACACUGUACUCCUUCCCUACCAGCCACAUCUACAGUUUGCGUCCAUAAUUAUUUAUGCUAUUUCCUAACAACAAAACAAGAGGAAAAAACUCUACAGUUCACUGCUGAGCAUGUGAAAUUAAACUACUGCCUAUUCGUUAAAUUUUAACAUCCAGAGCUGUGAACUUCUGUGACCACAAAGCCAUCAUUCUGUGGGUUCUGUAGCCUUGUUAUGGGUCAGGAGCUGCCAGCAGAGAGGCAGGGCAGCCUAACCAGCUUGCCAGGUAAUUCAUCUAUUUGGGCUCUACAUCUGUGGUCAAACACUUCAGAAACAGCUGUAAUUGUUUUAAGAUGUUAUUUUUUUCUACUUGUUUCUUACCAAGCAAGUGAGAUAGACAGAUGUCCCAAACCAGGGGGCUUAAGUUAAAUAAAAAACAGUCAGAGAUAUAUAGCUGAAUUUCCUAUACCAGAGGGUCUAGUUUGAGAGGGACAUAAAAUUAAGUCACAUUAAGGAGACAGAGCAUAUUCCAAAGCCCUGUGGGGCCAGUUUGCAUCCAACCUGGGCAGAGUGUGGCCAGAAGAGUAAUUAAGCAAUGGAAUGCCCAAAGAUUUUGCUAGUAACAACUAGCAUUCAGAGAUCCUACUAGGAAUUAUGUCUGAAAGGGUUAAAACUUGGUUAAAUAUGUAGAUUUUUCACAGAAAUAACAAAAAGCACAUGCUCAACAGGAAGGCCAAUUUCCUGCCAACACCAAAUCUCCAUUCCAGGCCUUUAGGUUAUUCUCAGUAUUUCAAAGGAAAAAAAAUGUCAGACCUUUGUUUUUUAAGAAGAAUAUAGAACACUGGUCUCUGGCUUUAUUAAAAAUAAAAAUCGAUUUACUACAUUUGCACUGUGAAUACAAAAGGUUUCUCCUCUAAAUUCUCUCCUUUUUAAUAGUUAAUGUAUUAUUAAUGUAAAUCAUUCUACAAACAAAGAAUUAGUCAAAGUUUGUUUUUUAGGUUUCAUGGUUUCUUUUUAAACAAAGGUAUCUUAAAAAUCUAAGUAUCUAACAGAAAUGGCAUUUGCAUUCAUCAGGGCCUGUGAUUAUUUGGUUUUCACGGCCUAAGAGGCUUUACUUUCCUUGCUUGUUUUGUUUAAAGGAUUGCUGCAAUACUCAGAAUUAGCCAAACUGUCCCAGGCCACCAUACCUGGAGGCUGGGUACAGCAACAUAAUUUCUAGGAAUGUUUAUUUAGAACACUUAGAUGUUUGGACCAACUGCCAACACGUUAAUCCUGCAAUCUAAAGAUUAAAAUUUAUUUCAUUCUCAGUAAUAUUCUUCAUAUGCAAGAAAUGUAUUACAUGUUAUAGGAUUACAGGUGCAUAUACUCAAGUGUACACUGAUGUAACACUAGAAGACUUUAAAUCAACUCUCAGUGAUUUUUAUUUCUAAUGCUCUUUUGUACAUCUGUUGGCAUUCUUCACUUUCUGAAACCUGGUCAAUCAUUCAACGCCUGAGAAGUUUUUAACUGUAUGAGUUUUAGCUGAUGAGUUUAUAUUCAUCAGUCUGGAAAAACGUAAGUGCAGCAAUUUCAUUUGAAAACUGCCAACACAACAGUGAAAGAGCAGUUUGUUGAUAGAGCUAAAUGAGAUUCACGUAAAUAAUGAUUUUCAUAUGUAAUAAAGCCUUAGUGUCAGCGUAAUAAUCUGAGAUACAUAACUAUUACAGAUGAAGAAGCUGGAGACACAGACAGGUGUUAGAGUUGCACAAUGUCACAAUUAAAAUUGGUGGCUAACCUGACAGUGAUAAGAGUCAGAUUAUCCAAUGCUGUCUCCUACCACGAAAAAGAAAGGAAUUGUCUGACUUAUAAAUAAACAGAGCAACUCAGAAGUGUUUUUCAUUUUGCCAGCAUUGUGGAUAAAUGUUGGCAGUGUGAAUGUGUGGAAUUUGUCAUAGAGCCUCUUGCCUUACAGUGUAUCAUUCAUCCUCCCUUUUAGCAUUUCAUUGCCUGUUUCUUUUAGGUGGUUAUUAAAGGGAAGAAAAACAGAGCAAAAUAAAAUAAUACAUUUAUAUUACAGUAAUGAAACAUACAAAUCAAGAGCAGUAUUCUCUUCUAGCUUUGCAGCAGCAGAAAUUGUCUACAGCAUCGAUUGGGUUAAGGACUACAGCUGGUCCACCCCACAGAUAUAUCAAAAUCUUUCAAUUCUUGUUUUUAUUUGUUAGCAGAGCGUGAAGUUCUCUCUGAUAUGAUUUUAUGGAAAACUGAAAAAAAAAAGGACCAUAAAUGGAAGUGCCAGUAAAAUUACUGGAGCAAUGCACUGUGUCAAGCUAUGAAAUACAGGAAUUACUGUAAGGUUUCCCUCAUAAUGCCAUAAAUCUUUUUGGGUUCACUGGAAUCUGCAGCUAAGUACUUUAUUAAAUUCAUGUUCACUAAACACAUUAAACCCCUGUGAGUUUGAGUGGCUGAGCUUCACUCUAUGCAAUGACCAACCCUUCAUAAAUCAAUGUUCUGAGAUAUACUCUAGAAGGUUGUAUAAAUAAUAAGUGAAAGUCAGAAGAAUUUUAUGUCAGGAAGAAAGUAUGUCUGGACCCUCUGAAUUUCAUAGAAAUUAAGUCUAAACUAAAGAAAAUAUUAGUUUGACUUACAUGAGCUUUGCCACAGCAAUAUAAAAAUGAAAGGAGUUUUUAAAUCCAACGUAGCUAAGUGUAAGUACCCCAGGGAAAAAAACAAUCUUCCUCUGAGAUUGGACUGACUUUCAUAAAUAGAAAACAUCUUCACAACAUUCCAUCACCACUGGGAGAAAAAUCAAUAAAUAAUCAUGUUUGGCCACAAGAUCUCUACCAUUCAGAUCUUCAUAUGUACUAUCUAUGAACUAUGACAAUUUUCAGAAGACACCAUUUUUAUUAAUGUCUCCCAUCCAUAGCUACACGCAUACCCUGCCAGUAGUCAAAGACUUCUGACUUGUGAAUAUGAGAUUGUUUUGGAGGAACUCACAACAAUGUGAAGGUAAGUAAGGGACUCCUCAAAUGCUGUUUCAUUCUAUAACAUUUGAAAAUAUAAUUGUAAUCUGUGGAAAUACAGAUGAACUAUGUGAGAAGAAAAAGUCAUUAUUAACAUACGCUGUGAGACAUGGUAUACACAUAUGUAAAAAAACCCAGCUCAAAAUGCUUGCAGAUUCCCACAAACUACCAUACCGCACACUUCAUCCCAGAGUGGAAUACAGACAAAUCAAUCCAUGUAGAAUUACUAUAGUUUCAGACAAAUGAUUUCUGGCAGCUUUUUAGCUUCCAAGCUAAGGAAUCUGUAAUGUACAAGGCAACGUGUGCAGCUGCCUGACCUCCCAGGCAUACAUUUGUAGCUCCAGUCAGCACUGUGAUUCAAAACAACUCUUUCAGAGCAUGGAAGGUGUGAGGCAGCCGGGACAGCUGCCAGCACUGAGAGCGAAUGGGAUCCAGAGCAGCGCAUGAACUGGCAUAGCUGAGCACAGUAAGUGCCAAGCAGAUUUACAGUGAUUUAAACAGGGCUUGAACUACAGGAAAUGAGGGGGAAGUUGGAGACUUUGUUUUUGAACGUAGUAUAGUAUUAUUUAAUUACUAUGCCGUUACUUUCUUCUCGUGAAAUAUAAGUAAAGAACUCUGUAUCUUCAACUCAA